AUGAAGGACGUAUUUGGUUCAGUUCCACUUGUUGCAUCUGGUCAUCCAUCAUCAUCUGUAUCCAAUAAUACGAAUGAUUGUGGUGUAUGUUCAAUAACAACAUCCACAGAUGUUAAUACAACACCACGUCCUUUUAUCACUAUUCAAAAUGACCAAAGAGCAUCAACACAUGAUGAAAAAGUUGUUCGUUCUGAAUGUAUACGGGCAAUGGCUACUUCUCAACUUGGUUUUUCUUAUAAUUCAUCACAAUUUUUACCAGAAAUUUUUUGGUACAUGUUUUCUGACAGUUCGAUUGCUGCUGAUUAUUCAUUACGUCCACGAAAAUUAUCGUAUGUUAUUUCACAUGGAACUAGUUAUUAUUUUACUAGUGAAUUAAUCAAGAAUAUACGUAAAGCUCAUGGAUUUUCAUUACUCUUCGAUGAAAGUACAAUUGCUGGUGUUCGUAGACAACUUGAUAUUUUUUUUCUAUAUUGGGCAGAAACAAAAAAUGGUUGUUUUCAACCUUCAAUGCGUAAAGAUGAAUCCUCUAGAGCCAGUAUUAUGUAUCUUGCACGAAAUGUUCCACAUCUAUUAACCAGCGAAGAAGUUGAUCGAGUUGGUGCUGAAUGGCGCAUUUAUGAAAUGGCUGAUAUACUCGAUGAAUGGAUUAAAAAAAGUACCAAUUCUUCGAACAACAUCAUUGAGUAUGUACCAAUUGAUGAAUAUUGGUAUCAAGUAUUGUCUACUGCUAUAUGA